AUCCAAUGACGAUUGAUGAAUCAAAUGAUACUACUUGGUUGUGAUUUCUACAAAGUGAAACGUCGAAGAACGCAGAUUUCUGCUUUUUCGUAUUUGUUUUGUAGAGGGACCUAGUCUUAUGGAAGGGCUCAAAGGGUCCUUCAUAUCCAUAAGAUGGUUUUACAUGACAAACGGCAAAGUCACGUGUGUGCUACCAUCAGGCACAAUCCAAUCGUUCUUUGCCAGCCUGUCACUGCCGCUGUCUGAAUUAAUUUCGCGCCUGCUUCUUCUCUUUGCUUGACAACGACAUCAUGUCCGCCAUGCAAGACUUAGCUCCCGCGAUCAAGCGGUUAGCCAAUUCGUACCAGCAGACUACAUCUAUUAGUCUCAAGUUUAUCGACAUCUACUUGGUUUUCAUUAUGGGAUCCGGUAUCCUUCAAUUUGUGUACAUGCUUGCUGCUGGUACUUUCCCAUACAAUGCAUUCUUGGCUGGAUUCAUCUCGUCAGUUGGUAGCUUUGUGCUUGCUGCCAAUUUGCGAAUCCAGACCAAUGCGCAAAACUCUCCAGACUUUAAAGGAAUUUCACCAGAACGAGCUUUUGCAGAUUUCGCUGUUUGCUCUAUUCUCUUGCAUUUAUUCUGUGUAAACUUCCUCGGAUAAAGGUCUCCCCAUGACAAGAAAAAAACAUGCUUAUUCCCCUUCCCAAAACUCAACUCAAUAAAUGAAAGCAAGAAAGUUCUCGUACCUUUUUUUUUCUUAUAUCUCAUGUCUUGAAUUUCGAAAGUGUAUGACCAUGCAUGUUUCAAUACAUCUGGCAUUUUAUUGCUUCAACUCCAUACGCUUCGUUAUGUGUUGAAAUGUUCUAGAUUGCUUUACCAUGAGCCCGUUACUGCAAGAAUAGCUCUUUUACCAGAGAACUGUCCUCCAAAGGACAGGGUGAGCGACGCAACGAUGUA